UUCUUCUUCUGUUCCUCCCUUUUCCCGAUUUGAAGCAAUUAAUAGGAGGUAAAGUUUCGAUUGUUGAACUUAUUCAGCUAUUUCUCUACGUAAUUUGUUCGUUUUUGCCUCCUUAAUUUCUCUUCGUGUUCUUCUUUUCGCGAUCCUUUCUUGGUCUGGAGAGCAGCGAUCACCGACGCGCGCGCACACUGUUUAUCGAAUGCCUAUGGCGAUGGCAUCUGAGGAGUCUACCAGCGUUUGCACCCACUGUGAUAGAGCCAUCCCAUCCUCUAACCUAGAUCUGCAUAUGGUACAUUGCUCCCGGAAUCUCGAAAAAUGUAAAAUCUGUGGGGAUAUGGUCCCCAAACGACAUUCCGAGGAACAUUACUCCAACACUCAUGCACCGGGCAGUCUGUCUGCAUUUAUGGUUUCCUGUUCUCUCUGCAGUGAGACAAUGGAACGGGACAUUUUGGCUGUUCACAAAGGGGAAAACUGUCCCCAAAGAAUUGUGACAUGCGAGUUCUGUGAAUUUCCAUUGCCUGCAGCUGACUUGGCUGAGCAUCAGGAGGUAUGUGGGAACCGGACAGAACUGUGUCCCUUGUGCCGUAGAUAUAUAAGGCUUAGAGAGAGGUACAACCAUGAGCUUAGGUGCACUGGUGUACCCGAUAGCACAGUUGGAUCUUCCAGGUACCGUCAUGCUUCCUCAUUCAUGAUUUCGUUUAUAUUCUUCUGAUGUUUGUAUACUUCCUGUUGUUUGUCACUGCUUGUAAUUCUGCAGCUUUGAAGGCCUUGUUAGUUAAGUAUAUAUACUUCAUCUUAAUUAUGUCACGUGUCUUCUUGAGUGCAUCACUUCUAGUAUUUGAGAUGAAUGCUUACGUCAGUGUGAUUGGGUUCUUAGCAUAGUAACUGGUUGCGAAUGGAAGACACGUGAAAAGUAAGAAAAGUUCCACCACAUUGGACAUCUAGUUUGCUUCUAGAACUGCAAGCUUGGGCAGCAUGCAGGAAAUAGUUAUUGUUAAGAGUUAAACCUUCCGAUGGACGGGUAUGCAUAUAUGUAGAGCGAAGACUGCAAAUAGCUUAAAGAGUGGCCGUGCUUGGACUUCAUUUCUAGACAGCUGCAAGCUGCAGGGAUUCACGACUUCGAAGUUGCUUUGUUUGCUUCCAACCCGAGAGAAGAAUGCUGUCUUGUUAAAAAAUGGACAGCAACGAUAGUUUGUAUCUGUUCUUUUUUUAUCUUUCCUUGACUGUAUAGUGUAUUCUAAUGCGGUCUUGGGUUGUUGUUCUGAAGGGAUGUGAAUCCAAGGCCAACAGAGAGGGGGCCAAGAGGGGGAGUUCCUCCAAGAAGGCAGCCACAGGGGCAUUCACGGAAACGCCUUUUCUUCACCGUUGCCAUAACCGGCAUUGCUGUUCUGUUAGGCUCGUUUCUUUUCCAGAAGAGACCUGAGGCAAAUCAAGUGCAGUAGCCAGAUCAAGAAGGUGCAAGAAAAAGAGUUAUAAUUUAUACCCGAUUCCUUCCAUGUAAAUUAGCCAAAGACUUUAUCAUCACAAUUCUUCUGGGAUCUGUAAUCUUUUGUGAGAGACGUAAAUUUCGUUGUAAGUCGUCCGAGUUAGAGAUUGUAGUCGGGAUAAAUGACAGCUUCUGUUCAGCUUACACUUUCUUUCUUCACUCCGUGCUGUCAAAGUGCUCUCGUUCUGCUUCCUACAGGGCAUGGGCGAAUAGAUGUAGCAAAAUGUGGAACAUCAAUCUGUGUAGCGGAAAUACAAAUACAAAAUCUUCAAAUGAAAAUGGAAAAGAGUUGCCUUACUUUCGCCUGGCUUCUGGUGCCGACGGAUAAAACCCAAACAAUCAAGUAAAGGAGGAGAAUUUUGAGCAUCGGUGGCCCAAGAGGCGUAUUACUUCUUUAUUCUUCGCAAGGUCCAUGAUAAUAACGGCUAGUGAAGCGACGUUUUGCCGCCAUCUCCGAUCAUUCCGCCUGUAGUCUCAGAUCUCAUUGGGAAUUCAUAUCGUGGAUUUCUUUGUCGCUGAUCAGUCGGCGGGAGAGCUGUAUGAAUGAAUGAAGAAGAGAGUGGAGAGCGUGUUGGAUUCUCUGGCGAAAUGUGGCGGUUGCAUCCGGCGAAGUAAUAAUGAUGUCACCCUCCCUACUUCUCAGCUCCCUCUAGAUACAAACAACUCGAACCAGGGAUCUUACGGUGAUCCGCAUGCUCUGAGAAACCACAACAUGUCUCAUCAACCGGUUCGACUUCAUAUUCAAGAUCGCUAUGUGGUUAUGGAUAAUGGAAUAGUCCAAGUAACACUCUCUAAUCCAGCGGGCAUUGUUACUGGAAUUAGAUAUGGAGGAAUUGACAACUUGCUUGAGAUUCUCAACCGUGAAACGAACAGGGGGUACUGGGAUCUUCACUGGCAUCCACCUGGAGGCAAGGGAAUAUUUGAUGUGAUUAGUGGAACACAGUUUAGUGUUGUUGUGCAAACUGAGGAACAAAUUGAGAUCUCAUUCAUCAGAAUGUGGGAUCCUUCUCUUGAAGGCAAGGCCAUUCCCUUGAUCAUCGAUAAAAGGUUCUUUCGCCAAAUUUUGCGUAUCAGCAUACUGUGUAAUAGUGCUGCAUUUCAGGACAGCUGUAUCAUUAUCUAGUUUCAGCCAUUUUCAUAUAAGAAUCAUGAUACCUCCUGUUGUUCUCCAGGUUUAUAUUACUCCGUGGUUCUUCUGGCUUCUACACUUAUGCCAUAUACGAGCACAUGGCGGAAUGGCCUCCUUUUGAGAUUGGAGAAACAAGAAUGACUUUCAAACUCAGAAAAGACAAGUUCCAGUACAUGGCUAUGGCAGAUAAUCGAAGAAGAAUUAUGCCUUUCCCAGAAGACCGGAUGGCGGGAAAAUGCCAAACGCUAGCAUUUCCAGAAGCCGUCCUUCUUCUCAAUCCCAAGGAUCCAAAUCUCAAAGGAGAGGUGGAUGAUAAGUACCAAUAUUCUUGUGAUAACAAAGACAAUAGGGUACACGGGUGGAUAUCUUUUAACCCAGCAGUUGGGUUCUGGAAAAUCACACCAAGCGAUGAGUUCCGAACUGGUGGGCCAUUUAAGCAGAACCUAACCUCACAUGUUGGUCCCACCACUCUUGCUAUGUUUCAUAGUACACAUUAUGCUGGGAAGUUUCAGCUGCUUACGGUCGCCGCUGGUGAGCAUUGGAAGAAAGUGUUUGGCCCCGUUUUUAUCUAUUUUAAUUCAGCACCCAAUGGAAGUGAUCCUCAGUUACUGUGGGAGGAUGCUAAAACACAGAUGAUGAAUCAAGUCCAAAGUUGGCCUUACAGUUUUCCUGCAUCUGUGGAUUUCCAAAAGCCGCAUGAAAGGGGAAGUGUAGCUGGCAGACUAUUAGUACUGGACAGGUAUAUGAGCAAUGACUAUAUGCUGGCACGUGGUGCCUAUGUUGGAUUGGCGCUUCCUGGUGAAGCAGGAUCAUGGCAAAGCGAGUGCAAGGACUAUCAGUUUUGGACCACAACAGAUCAUAAUGGCUACUUCGUCAUUAGAAAUGUCCGUACUGGAAACUAUAAUCUUUAUGCAACGGUGCCAGGUUUUAUUGGAGAUUACCGAUGUGAUGCAGCAAUUACCAUAACCUCAGGUUGCAAUAUUGAGAUGGGUGAUCUUGUUUAUGAGCCUCCAAGAGAUGGCCCCACGCUGUGGGAAAUAGGCAUCCCAGAUCGUUCUUGCGCAGAAUUUUAUGUUCCUGAUCCAGACCCGCAGUAUGUCAACAGACUCUUCAUUGGUCAUCCUGAUAGGUUCGAAGUUCUCAAACACUCUUGCUUCUUCCCUGGACCAGGAAAGGAAACUUCUUUAUACCAUAGACUUGAGGGCUGAGGCUUCUUAUCUUAUUGGAGCUUACAAGUACUUUGAAGCCAUGUUACACCAUUCUUGUUCCCAUGUCCAUCUGAUUAAUACCUGAGUGUCGGUCUACUGUUCAGGUUUCGGCAGUACGGAUUGUGGAAUAGAUAUGCAGAGAUGUAUCCUGACUCGGACUUGGUUUACGACGUAGAUUGCUGUGACUACCGCAAAGACUGGUUCUUUGCUCAUGUGGUAAGGAGGCAAGCCGAUGGUUCACACACGGGAACCACAUGGCAAAUCAAGUUUAAACUCCACAGAGUAGACCGUAACGGUACCUAUAAACUGCGGAUCGCGCUAGCAUCGGCUACUCUAGCUGAGCUUCAGAUUCGUGUAAACGAUCCGAAUUCAUCGAAGCCAUUGUUUACGACGGGGCUUAUUGGAAGGGACAACUCGAUAGCGAGGCACGGGUGCCACGGGCUGUACUUGCUGUACAAUGUGAACGUACCAGGUGGUCGGAUGGUUGAAGGGGAGAAUACCUUGUUCUUGAAGCAACCAAGGAACAACAGCCCUUUCAUAGGCUUCUUGUACGACUAUAUCCGUCUCGAAGUGCCCCCUCCAGAUGUUGGAGCUUCCUCUUCUUCCCAGUGAAUGAAAGGAAGUCACUGCAUAUGGUCUAUGGAAGCAUGGAAAUCAUUUCUCUGAUUUUUUCUAGAGUUGGGUAAUACAUGGAAUAAAACUAGGUCUGGGACAGGGAUUCUUUCAGCUUCUGUUUGCCAGUAGAGAUUCAAGUAUUGUUUACUUGUACAAAAUACGAUGAAUUGCUUAACGAGAUCUUCUCUUUUUUUUUUUUUUUUUUUUCAUUCUGAGAUAUGAAUAAAAUACAGAAAAUAAUCUAUUUACCCUAUAAAUUCCUUCCCAGCCAAGCAAU